CCACGGGCGAUGGAAUGGAAUAUUGGAACCACCAACUUGGUGGAUCAAGAUUUGCGAACUCUUACUAUAAAUCAUUGAACUUCCAUAGACUGUACACUUUGCACACUGUACACAUCCAAAUGUAACCGACAUAUUGACCAGAACCACGGGGGAAACCGCUUAGAGCUCCGCCAAACGUUACAACCAAGAUAAAAAACCCAGCCCUUUUUUUUUUAUUACGCACCAAGAGGUGGAGCACGUUGAGUCUAGUACACUUCACCAACUCCCACCAGUGCUACUGGUCUGUGCUUCAGCCGCUGUUACGAAUGCGUUACCAAAGGAUGUAGGUCUUGCCGAGGUCUUGGGCUGUUUCGGGAUGUAUUGAUGGCUCAACAGUCCUAUCCUUCUUUGAUUCCGCACCAAAUUUCGCACGAAACACAACAGUCUCCGGAAUUGGAAUGGAAAUGCCCUCCGGACGCUGUAUUCGGAGCCGACAAUAUGAACCAUGCCCUAGUUAAUAUUACAAGGAUUUCCUCGAUAGCCUGUGUAUAGACUUUCAAGGAAUUUGAAAUGUAUACAUUUGAUUCGGAUUUGGAGUAAAACGAAAAGCAAUUUAGCCGUGAAGAGCAAGGUGUUGCUGUGCCGACGUAAAAACAACAACGCAUCUAUUCAGCAAAAUCAAAGGAUUUUAGAUGGAGCUGGAGAAUAUUGUGGCCAAUACGGUACUGUUAAAAGCAAGAGAAGGUGGAGGAGGGAAGCGGAAAGGGAGGAGUAAGAAAUGGAAGGAGAUCCUUCGCUUCCCCCACAUCAGCCAAUGCACUGAGCUGGGCAACAGCAUCGAUCGGGACUACAUAAGCCUGUGUGAGAAGCAGCCUAUCGGCAGACUGCUGUUCCGCCUGUACUGUGAGACCAGACCGGAAUUGCUACGAUGCAUCCACCUACUGGACGCCAUGGACGACUAUGAGCUGGUGCCUGAUGAGAAACGGAAAAGCAGAGGAGAUCAGAUUAUUGGGAAGUUCCUGUCUAAACAGUCAUCCGAGUGUGUGGAGGCAGCAGAGAGCCUUGCUGAGCAGUGUAGAGAGAACCUGGAGCUCCACCCCUGCAAGGAGAUCUUCAGUGACUGUCGCAAAGCUCUCCAUCACUACCUGAGAGGAGCUCCCUUCUUGGACUAUCAGAACAGCAUGUACUUUGACCGUUUCCUACAGUGGAAGAUGCUGGAGAGGCAGCCAAUAGCCAAGGAUACGUUUCGACAGUACAGAGUACUGGGGAAGGGUGGAUUCGGAGAGGUGUGUGCGUGCCAGGUGCGAGCCACAGGGAAGAUGUAUGCCUGUAAGAAGUUAGAAAAGAAGAGGAUUAAGAAGAGGAAAGGAGAGUCCAUGGCCCUCAAUGAGAAACAAAUACUAGAGAAGGUCAACAGCAGAUUUGUUGUGAGUUUAGCGUAUGCCUAUGAGACCAAAGACGCUCUGUGUCUAGUGUUGACCUUAAUGAAUGGAGGAGAUCUGAAGUUCCACAUCUAUAGCAUGGGGACUCCAGGCUUUGAGAAGGACAGGGUCCAGUUCUAUGCUGCCCAGAUCUGCUGCGGCCUGGACCACCUACACCAGGAAUCCAUCGUCUACAGGGAUUUAAAACCAGAGAAUAUUUUAUUAGAUGAUAAUGGACACAUCCGGAUCUCAGAUCUGGGCCUGGCCAUCAAAGUGGCUGAAGGGGACCCCAUACGAGGCAGAGUGGGAACAGUGGGUUACAUGGCUCCGGAGGUGAUCAACAACGAGCGCUAUGGGAUGAGUCCAGACUGGUGGGGGCUGGGAUGUCUCAUCUACGAGAUGACCGCUGGACACUCACCCUUCCGCGCACGCAAAGAACGAGUGAAGCGGGAGGAGGUGGAGAAGAGGGUGCAAGAGGAAGAGGAGGAGUACAGCGACAAGUUUACAGAAGACACCAAGGCCAUCUGUAGGGUGCUGUUGACCAAAGAUCCUAAGCAGAGACUGGGCUGUACAGCAGAGGGGUCAUCAGGGGUGAAGGCUCACUGCUUCUUCAGGAACAUCAACUUUAAAAGGCUGGAGGCAGGCAUCCAGGAGCCCUCCUUCGUACCGGACCCCCGGGCGGUGUACUGUAAGGAUGUGUUGGACAUUGAGCAGUUCUCUACAGUCAAGGGAGUAAAUCUGGACCAAACCGACAACGACUUCUACUUCAAAUUCUCUACAGGCUGCGUGUCCAUCCCAUGGCAGCACGAGAUGAUAGAUACAGAGUGUUUCAGUGAUCUGAACGUGUUUGGGCCCCAGGGGACCAGACCCCCAGAUCUGGACUGGAACACCCCCCCCGAGCCUCCCCGACGCAGCCUGCUGGACAGGAUCUUCAGGAGACAUGUGAGGGCACACACACAGGAUCGCACCCCGAGGUGUCCAUUGCCAACAGCCGCUUGUCUUCCUGCAGUGUGAACUCGGUGGACUCCAUGUCAAACUCUGCCCCCUAGUGGCCAGGGCCCUGUGUGGCGCCACACAGACAGAGGAGGAGCCUGUAGGAUCUACUCCUUGCUGGUUGGUUUACCCCCGGCCUGACCAGCUGUCAGUCUUCCGGAGGCACCCCUCCCAUGCCCACGGUCAGCCUAGGGGAAAUGCUGACCAUGACCCGGGGCCUGAGAGACCGACCCAUGGGAAAUGAUUAGAGGGACGUUCAAUGAUGCAAAGACGUUUUGAGAACGAUGCUCAGACAUUUCACUUACCCUCAUGAUUGCUGGAGUAGAGAAGAGCCACUGAGGUUGUUGAUGAAUAAGAAAAAAACGAUCUAAUUCAGGGGAUCCACUGUCUAAGAAAGACCACCACAGGGAAUACAAGAUGGGGUCUUUGUUGAAAUGUUGUAGCUUUUUAAUUUUGUAUUCCUUGCAUAAAUACUAAUUCACACUCAAAUGCACUCUGUAUUUGUUCAUCUAUUUCUCUCUCUCUCUUUUUCUCUCUUUUUCUCUCUUUCUCUCUCUCUCUCUCUUUCCCCCACUACUCUAAUCACUUAUAUGCAUGCAACCAACAACAUCACCAACCUCAAGAAACAAUGUGCAUAUUGCCUUCAGUAUACCCUCAGGCCAAAGACAUAGUUCAGUUGUGUGCCUGUCAUUGUUGCCAUAUUGAUUUUGGAGGAUGGCUUGGUCUUUAUUCAAUCACUAAUUGAAUCUGCAGCUAUGUUACACCUAAGUAACAAUCAAACAAGUGUGUUUUCACACCAUGGACAAAUGUGUGAGACCAGACAGGUGUAGUAUCCUCACACCUGCAUAGCCCUCAUGCUAAUACCCCACCACAGGCAUCCUGUUGACCUUGAGCAAAAUGAGAUGUCUUUUCAAACCAGUAGUGAACCAUUUAUACACCAAUUAAGAUGUUUUAACAGUAAAUAUGUUGUUUUACCUCUGACAUUAAAUAAAUAUUACUGUGAUAUACCCGUUGUCAUAUA